CUGCCUUAUCCUUUACCAAUGUCUUUCGUAGAAGAGCAGCUUCGUAUGCAGCCUAAUAAUCGUCAAUUCUUCUUUAAAAAUGAACUAUUUGUCGGCAAUUUGAGUGAUUCCGUUACAGAAGACGAUUUACGCAAGUUUUUCGCACCAAUUGGAGAGAUAGUAGUUAUUCAAUUGCACAAUAAUGAUACCAGGAACUCAAAUUUUAAAAGAAAAGCUACCAAAUUUGCUUUUGUCGUGUUUUCAAACACGAUGCAAGUGGAACAAGCCAUUGAAGCAUUAAACGACACUAUUCUUUGCGGAAAUAAAGUGAUUGUUCGUCAUCGGCGAAGAAAACGUGUCUUUAAGAAUGUGACGAAUUUGGAGAAGUCGAAAAAUGCCGCCACUAGCAUUAUGGAAGGCGAUGAUACAGACAUUACCAACCAGUUUUCUUCGAAAGAUUUAGUAUCAUCGUCAAAAACGAAAUCCGCAAGAAAGAAAUCUCAGUCUGGAUAUUGUUUUCUAGCAAUUGGAAUUUUAAAUUUCCCUACAAAUGUUACACCACUCCAACUUUAUAAUGACUUUAAGAAACAUGCCAAAAUUGUCGGAACGGCAAUUAACCAAGCUCCUCCAAAUAGCGAAUCAACGUAUGCAGAAGUUCUCAUUCCUACAUACUACGAUUGCAUUCAGCUAUUGGAGUAUUAUAAAGAAUAUGAGUACCAUGACCGAAAGCUCGAUUUUUUCGUCAAGGCACCGAGCUAUUUCUCAUCGCGCGCACAAAUGUCGCCUGACAUGCGACAGGUCCUUGCUGUCUCUCUGGCACUUCAGAAGGAACAAGCGUAUGCUCGUGCAUGGAGUGCAUGUGGUAUGAACACCUCGGCGGCGGAGCAACAGAAUUACGAACCUGAAGAUCCAUGCAAUGUAUUCGUCAAGAAUUUGGAUGAUAAGCUUAUUUACUCAAAAACGUUGCUUGAACAGCUGUUUGAACCUUUUGGUCAUAUUACAUCAUCUUGUUUACCCUGUAUACCCGAUACAGAUAUACCAAAAGGAUAUGGUUUUGUUGCGUUCUCAAAGCCAGAAGAAGCGUUUUCAGCCAUAACUCGUAUGAACGGGGUUGUGGUUGGUGAAAAACGUAUCUUUGUUUGCUUUGCCGAGUCGAGGGAGCAACGAUCUAAACGUUUGGAAAUGGGGCUUCGUGCUAGAGUCCAGGAAAAUCCGUACUCUGUCAUUCCAACACAAACACUAAACCGUGUCUGUGUGCUUCCAAUGGGGACAAACGAAAACCAAGUGAAAGUGAUGAAACGAGAAAAUAUGCAACCAAACAUAAAACCUCUCAAAGUACUGGGUGAACGUUCAAAUGUUUUGUAAAAAGAGCAUAAAACAUGAGAGCUUUGUUUACAUUACAAUUACAGUCAUUAAUACAUGAGCCAAAAACACAUGUUGUUUUUGCUCAUUAAAUCAUUUAAAGUUGAUCAAUCCUAAAAAGUCAGUAUAUUUACUACAGCCAUACAAGUCGCGAGUUUCGUGUAUAUACUUACUUAUAAGCUUUCCGAAUAAUAUUAAACCGCAGAACAGAAGGAUCCUGAUGCAGCGUCUUGAACAUCUCGUACUGGGCAAAUGUGCUGCAGUGAAACCGCAUUCCCCACCAAAAUCCGAAAUCGUAUUUCUCGCCUUGUUUCUUAAUUGGUUUAUCAAGUUCUUUUAGACCAUAAACUUCGAAUCCAUCAAUUGCCCCUCUUCGAUCAAGUAAAAUGGUUCCGCAACGCUUUGCGAGAUUCUUUGCUAUAUCCUAUUUACAUGUCAGCAUUCCGUAUACAGUUCGUGUUGAGAAUACUGGAUGUCGUUUAAUCAUACCGUAGCUUCUGUGUAGACCAUUUUUCGCACAAAAGGUCGGCUUAUACAGAAGAGCUCGUAGAAAACCAUUUUAGUAGUACAAAUCAAGAGAGCCAAUCCAGAAAAGAGUCAAUUAGAUUAUAGAAAAGGAUGGUAUGCCGUAAAUUAUGCCGAUGUUCUGUGUACACGUGAAUGGAAUUGAAGAACUAUUAAAUGAUCAGUGCAAAAAUGAUCACCUAUUUGUUGUAAACCGUUCGUUCUCGUCGAUAUAAUGUUUCUAUGAGUCUGUAUGCUUUUAAAUUGGAUUUAAAUAAAAGUAAAUUUAAAAAAGCCUAAAGAAAGAAAUAAGUAGGAGAAACAAGCACCAGAAACACAAGACGUGUUACGGUAUAAUGAAAACAAAGUACGAACAAGUAAAGACCUUAACUGAACGCGUUUCCAGUACGUACAACUUUUCUACUGUUGGAUUCCCACAGGUCCACACAGCAGAAACACACCUGCCCAAAACAAAUAUCUCGACGACUUA